CUACAUUCCCCAUGAGUGACGCGAGGAGCGCCACCGAACUCUCCUCAACACACAGACGAGACUAGCAGCCACACAACCUCGUGAGGAAGAUGAGGGUGAAGGAGAUCCUCAGGACGGCCACACAGGCGUGGAGUCCUGCCAGACAACACCCGGCCUACCUGGCCUUAGGCACCGCAGCGCAGCAGUUGGACGCCUCCUUCAACACCAGCUCUGCCCUGGAGAUCUUCGAUAUGGAUUUUUCAGAUACAUCAAUGGACAUGAAGCUCAGAGGAACUCUGGCCACCUCCAACAGGUUUCACAGUCUGAUCUGGGUGGCAUUUGGUAUGGACGUCCAGCCGUCGUCGGGUCGGCUCAUUGGAGGAAGUGAGAGCGGUAGCGUGACAGUCUUCAAUCCCGAUGUGAUUCUGACCGCAGGAGAGGACGCUGUGAUUGGCCAGUCCAAUAAACACACGGGACCUGUUCGGGCUCUGGACUACAACCGCUUCCAGAGUAAUCUGAUCGCAUCAGGAGCCAAUGACUCCGAGAUCUACAUCUGGGACCUGAACAACUUCAGCAAUCCAAUGACUCCAGGCACAAAGUCACAGCCGGCGGAGGACGUGAGCGUGGUGGCCUGGAACAGUCAAGUGCAGCACAUUCUGGCCUCCGCAAACCCCAGCGGGAAAGCAGUGGUGUGGGACCUGAGGAAGAAUGAACCCAUCAUCAAAAUCAGCGACCACAGCAACAGGAUGCACUGCUCUGGGAUGUUGUGGCAUCCAGAUGUGGCCACUCAGCUGGUUCUGGCCUCAGAGGAUGACAGACUCCCGGUCAUCCAGAUGUGGGAUCUUCGGUUCGCAACAUCACCUCUAAAAGUGCUGGAGAACCACACCAGAGGGAUUUUGUCGAUCUCGUGGAGUCAAUCUGAUCCUGAGCUCCUGCUGAGCAGCGGGAAAGACAAUCGCAUCCUGUGCUGGAACCCCAACACUGGAGAGGUGAUUUACGAGCUGCCGACAGCCAAUCAGUGGUGUUUCGAUGUGCAGUGGUGUCCUCGAAACCCCGCCCUCCUGUCAGCCGCAUCAUUUGACGGACGCAUCAGCGUUUACUCUGUUAUGGGCGGACGACUGCAGCAGCAGCAGCACAGUACAGUCGACCAGAUCUCUGCUUCGUUUGAUACUAACGACCCAUUCGGGAUGGGUCAAACUCUGCCGCCUCUUCAGGUUCCUCAAGCCACCGUGGAGACCACCAUCAUUCCUCCGCUAAAAAAGCCUCCAAAGUGGGUGCGGAGGCCUGUAGGAGCAUCCUUUGCUUUCGGUGGCAAGCUGGUGACCUUUGAGAACCCUAAAGUGGCUCCGCCCCAGCAACAGCAGCCGGCCAAUCCGCUGCCUCGACAGGUCCAGGUGAGUCAGGUUACCACGGAGACGGAGUUCCUCCAGCGCUCCACUGAGCUGCAGGUGGCGCUGCAGUCCGGGUCCUUCAGCAGCUUCUGCCACAGUAAAAUCCAGAGCGCACCGACUGACGCCGAGCAGGACAUCUGGAGGUUCCUCAUGGUGAAUUUUGAGGAUGAAGCGCGUGUGAAGUUUUUGAGGCUUCUGGGCUUCAGUAAAGACGAGCUGCAGAGAAAGAUCUCUGCUUGUUUGGGAAGGAAACUUCAACCCAACGGUUUAGAUGUGAACGAUCUUGCUGAGAAGAUGCAGACACUUUCAGAUCAGAGAGCGGAUGAGAGCGCUGGAGCUGCUGACGGUUUGCCCGGUCGUGAAUCUCCUGCUGAUUUCUUCAGUCAGCUACCGAAGAAAGAGAAAGACAAAGAGCCUUUCCAGAUCCCCGUAUCCUCAGAUACAGACGGUUUGAUCAGUCAGGCGCUGUUAGUGGGAAACUUUGAGGGUGCUGUGGACCUGUGUCUGAAUGACGGUCGGUUCGCGGAGGCUAUUCUUCUGUCCAUCAGCGGAGGAGAAGAACUGCUGAAGAAAACCCAGCAGAGAUACCUGCAGCGCCAGACCAACAGCAUCUCCAUGCUGAUCUCGUCAGUAGUGACACAGAACUGGCGCGAUAUCGUUCAGAGCUGUGAGCUUGAUAACUGGAAGGAGGCGUUAGCGGCGCUGCUAACCUACGCUAACCCGGAGGAGUUCGCUAGUCUGUGCGAUACUCUGGGCUCUCGUCUGGAGGCUGGCGGCUCAGAGAAGCUCUGUCUGCAGGCCUGUCUGUGCUUCAUCUGCUCUGGGAACAUCGAGCGUCUGGUGGACUGCUGGACACUGCAGAGAGACUGCUCAUCACCACUCGCUCUCGAGGAUCUGGUGGAGAAGGUGAUGAUCCUGAGGAAGUCUAUCGAGCGUCUGCGUAACAGUGAGGUGUGUGUGCGGAGCUCAGCGCUGACCCAGAAGCUCAUCCAGUACUCCAGUAUUCUGGCAUCACAAGGCAGCCUGAGCGCAGCGCUGAACUACCUGCCCAGCGACUCCGACCAGGCUGCUGUGCGGAUGUUGAGGGACAGACUGACACAUGCCAAAGGAGAAAUACUGCAGAAACCCUCAGCUCCAGCAGGAGGCGCCAAACCUGCACCAAACACACACACUCCUGCAGCACACACAACGGCGCCGUACCCGUCCUCUGGGGCCCCUCAGAUGCCACGACUCUUCAGUCCUCAGACGGGCCCUGAACCUCCUGCAGGAGCCACAACACACACACCCAGACCAGCAUACACACAACACCCUGCUACAGCCCCAGGUUUUCAUCCAUUUCCUCCGGCCGCUCCUCUGGGUGCUCCUGGUGUUUUUUUCACUCCUCAGAUGCCCUCCUCCAGCCUGGCGGGUCCCUCAAUGCCGCCCUCGUCUCCCCCAGGCCCCAUGAUGCCCGCUGGUGUGCCCAUGAUGAUGCCCACUCCUCCGGCUCCAGGCUUCAUCUCGCCCACGUCUCUCCCCGGUGGGCCGAGGUUUCCGGGAUCUGCACACACACAGGGCCCUGCUCCUCCUCCCACUGGGGCGUAUCCAUCUCUGGGGGCUGGGUAUCCACAGGGUGGCCCUGGAGCUCCAGCAGCCAAGAGCUUCAGUGGGGCCCCUGUCCCUCCGCCACCCACAGGAUAUUUCCCAUGGCUGACUUACCAGACACAGGAGGAAGUGGCUCAGGACGGAUGGAAUGACCCUCCGGCUGUACGUGCAGGACAGCGCAAGAAAAAGCUGCCAGAGAACUACACUCCUCCAGCCCCGAUCACAGCUCCAGUGAUGGGCUUCCCAGCGGAGGCUCCAGUGCUUCAGGAUCGGGUGCAGGUGCCGCCCGGAGCCCCUCAGGAGCCCAACAUACAGUCCAUACAGCAGCUUCCAGCAGAGCGUGUGGAGCAGAAGGAAAUCCCAGCCGAACACGUGAUCCUGAAGACCACCUUCAGCAGUCUAGUGCAGCGCUGUCAGCUGGCCGCCGCAGACCCGCAAACGAAACGCAAACUUGAAGACGCCUCCAAACGUCUCGAGAGUCUGUAUGACAAACUGCGAGAUCAAGCGCUUUCUCCCAGCAUCCUCGGCGGUCUCCACGAGAUUAGCCGGUGCGUUAGCGCGCGCAGCUAUCUGCAGGGUCUGGAGGUGCACACGCAGGUGGUGAGCAGCAGCAACUUCAGCGAGAUCUCGGCCUUCAUGCCCGUCCUCAAAGUGCUCAUGACCAUCGCCAACAAACUGGCCGUCUGAAUAUAACAGUGAAUACAGUCAACUACUGUCCAGAGCAGUGUCUUUCAUUCAUCUCUUCACUGUUUUCCUCCAUGCACUCGGCCUUAUUUAUACUAAAACAAGCAGAGAGACUUCCUGUAAGAAAGGAAGUAGUGUUCGAGUAAAUAGAGUUGCACUAGUUUUCUUAAAGAGACAGUUCAUCUAAAAAUGAAAAUGCUCCAAAACUGAUUUGUUUUGUUUUUUGGUGAUUAAAAUAUCAGAUAUUUUGAAGUAUGAUGGAAACUGGUAGACAUUUGAUUUAUUUUUUCCUACUAUGGAUGUCUGUGGUUUUUAACAUUCUUCAAAAUAUCUUCUUUUGUGAAACACAGUGCAGGUUUGGAUCCACUUUAGGGCUUGUAAACGAUGACUGGAUUUUCCAUUUUAGGUGUACUGUCCCUUUAAGAAUGACCUUGAAACAAGCAGAAUGAAUUGGUGUAAGAGCAUUCUUUAGCCAGAAAACACAAUGGUUUGUAAAAUAAACAUUCGGUCAUCAGAAUAGACUCUAAAACAUGAGCAGAAUCAAUCCAUUUGCACUGAAACACAAGCAGAGGGUCUUUCUUGCUGUAAUUGUUCAUUAAAAACGAAAGCAUAACAUUUACUGCAUAAAUUGUUGAAUCAAAUGCAACAUUUUCUUUAUGAUGACCUUAAAAUACGCUGAUUUCACUUGGGUUAAUUGAUGCCUUCAGUUCAGUUUAGGAGUUAAAGAUUAGCUGAUUGUCAUUAAAUCUAUCUGUGCAUAAUUGUACACACACACACACACACACCAUGCAGAGCCACAGAGCAUUCUUAAUCUGACGAGCUCUAAUCUGAUUGGCUGUCUUCAUGAAUGCACGUUUACAGUCAAUAAGAAACGUGCGAAAGAAAAAAUGAGAUUAUAGCACAGCUUUAAUCUUUAAUGGCUGUAUUUGAUGAUGAAUUUCAUGAGGACGAAGAAAGGAAAAACCCCAGACAGACGAUCUGUACGCAGUCGAUCAUAACACUGUUAUUGAGUGAAAUGCAACAGUUGCCAAAGAAUGACUUUAAAGGGACGGUUCAGCCAAAAAAUGACAAUUCUGUCGUCAUUCACACACAAUUAAAGAUGUACUGAAAAAUGCAGGAAAAAUCAACCAUUGACUUCCUUUAGUGUUUUUCCCAGCAUUCUUCAGAAUAUCUGUGUUCAUCAGAAGAAAGAAUUCACACGUUUGCGUCCACUUGUGUGUGAGGAAAUGAUCAGUUUUUAAUUUUUUGGUGAACUGUCCCUUUAAGAGAACAUGUUAUAAUGAGAGAACCUUGCCAUAACGUUACUCAAACUACAUUUGAGGAUUUCCAAGCAAUCAAAAAGCUAUGAAAUCGUCAUUUCUGAACAUUCAAAAAAUUUACUUUUAUAGAAAAUGUCAGCAAAACCUUGAAUUAUUAAAGUUCAGAUGACUGUACAAACGUUCUGUUGAACACAAAUGAAGUUAUACUGAAAUAUGCUGAGGAAACAGCCAUUGACUUCAAUAGUAAUUUUUGUUUCUACUAUGGAAAUCAAUUUUUUCCAUCAUUCUUCAGAAUAUCUUCUCGUGUGUUCAACAGAAGAAAUCAUACACGUUUGCAUCCACUUGAGUGUCAGUAAAUGAUGAGCAGUUUAUUUUUUGAUGAACUGCCUCUUUAAGAGAACACAACGUUUUAUCAACUUUGAGAGAACCUUGCCAUAACGUUACUCGAACUACGUUUGAUAAUGUCCAAGCAAACACAAAGCUAUGAAAUCGUCAUUUCUGAACAUUCAAAUAAUAUUUUUUCUUUUUAUUAAGGUCAGAAAAAUUAUUAAAGAUUAGAAAUCUUUGUACAAACGUUCUGUUAACGUUACUUGAAGGUUAGCCAAUGUUCUGAGGCAGUUUAUUUUUAAAGGGACAGUUCACCUUUAAAUGUAAAUUCUGUCCUCAAUAACUCAUGAAUAUUCAAACAUGUUUGAGCUUCGCCUGUUGAACACAAAUGAAGAUACUCUGAAGAAUGCUAUAAACAAAACAGCCAUUGACUUAUUUUUGACGGAUUUUUUUUGUUUAUUUUAUGGAUAUCAAUGACUGUUUCUUCCAGCAUUCUUCAGAAUAUCUUCUCAUGUGUUCAACAGAAGAAAGGAAUCAUAAAAGUUUACAACCUCUUGAGUGUGAGUGAAUGAUCAGUUUAUUGGUGACCUGUCCCUUUAAGAGAACAUUAUAUUUACAUUACAUCGUUACAGUUUUUAAUGUCCAAGCAAACAAAAACCAAUGAAAUCAUCAUUUCUGAACAUUCAAUUAAUUUAAGGCAAGCAAAACCAGUCCUUAAAUUGUUAAAGAUUAGAAAUCUUUGGACAAACGUUCUGUUAACGUUACUUGAAGGUUAGCCAAUGUUCUGAGGCAAUUAUUUUAAAGGGACAGAUCACCUUUAAAUGUAAAUUGUCAUCAUUUACUCAUGUUUGAGUUUCCUCUGUUGAACACAAAUGAAGAUACUCUGAAGAAUGCGAUAAACAAAACAGCCAUUGACUUCAAUAAUGUUUUUUGUUUCUCCUAUGGGUAUCAAUGACUGUUUCUUCCAGCAUUCUUCAGAAUAUCUUCUCAUGUGUUCAACAGAAGAAACCACUUAAACGUGAGUGAAUGAUGAGGAAAUGCUCAUUUUUGCGUGUACUGUCUCUUUAAGACCAGCAGAACCCAAUAUGUGUGAGAAUGUGCUGAAGCUCUUUGUUAUGAAACACAAGCCCUGAAUGUGUUUCAGGAAUGUGUUUUGAAUGUUACCCAUAUACAGAUAAAAGGUUGCCUGUAGUUUAGCCUCUGUGGUGAAUGUAUGUGGAUGAGGAUCGUUUCUGAAUGACUGGUCGACUGCAUUAUUUUGUGCAUAUUAUUAUUUUCAGGGAGUUUCUGAUUGGUUAUUGGGUUGAAGUUUUAUAUUGCACUUAUUGAUCGAGAGGCUGAAGCUUGAACUGCAUUACUGUUAAUGGUCCAGACACUCCUGUAGAUGUUAUUAUAAACAUCACAACAAGAAUGAAUAAUAUGAAUAUUCAAGAGCCUCUUAAAGAGACAGUGCGCCCGAAAAUGAACAGUUCCUCAUCAUUCACUCGCUCAAGUGAUUGUAAACCUUUCAUCUGUUGAAAACACAAGAAGAUAUUUUGAAGAAUGCUGGAAAAAAACAGGCACUGACAACCAAAACAGAAAAAUACUAUGGAAGUCGAUGGCUGUUUUGUUAAGAAUAUCUUAAUUAAAUGAUUUUUUGGGUGGACUGUCUCUUUAAAUAGUUCAUUUAUGCAGAUGGAAACAUGUCAGAUGCAUGUAAAUGUUUGUUGGAGUCUGUGUGAAUAUGAUAAAACCUGUCAAGAACAUCCUCCGGUCAUAUUUGAUCCCAUUAUUGAAGGAAAAUUCUAAUGUUUUGCAUUGACAUUUUGACAUUUACUCUUUUACUAUUGGGUGUUUUUGCAUCUCUCUUUAUUUUUAAUGGGUAAGUAAGUCAUUAUGAUGAUAUAUUUUAUUUAAGUAGUUGAAAUGGUGUACAAUAAUUUGGUUAUUUGAGAAUGAGAAGUUAAAAGGUGCUGAAUUGUCCUUAUAAUAAUGCCGUUCUUAAAAUAAUGGAUUUAUUCAACAUGUAUAGAGACUUUCUUGACAGGCUUUGUGAUAUUCUCCAAUCCUGAGUCUACAUUAACGAAACACAGAAGCCGAAUGUAACCAAAGUUCAACUGGUUCUUCUGAAAGAUGAUUUUGUUUACUGAAAAUGUCUAAAUCUGUGUUCAUAAGCAUCAUAAAACUGAUUCAGCAAGAGUCAUGAGUGAAGCUCUUAUGCUUGAAAACACUUGAUAAAACACAUGCAGAACUUUCAGAAA